GAAAGACAGAGGAGACAGGCCUAGAACCUAAGAUUUAACUCUAAUGUAAACCCGUGCACCAAGAUGGAAGGGGAGUCCUACCACAAUGAAACCACUGUCAACGGUACCCCUGUAAGUCAUCAGCCUUUGGAACGCCAUCGUUUGUGGGAGGUCAUCACCAUUGCAGCUGUGACAGCUGUGGUAAGCCUGAUCACCAUUGUGGGUAACGUCUUAGUCAUGAUCUCCUUCAAAGUCAACAGUCAGCUCAAGACGGUGAACAACUACUACCUGCUCAGCUUAGCCUGUGCAGAUCUCAUCAUUGGGGUCUUCUCCAUGAACCUUUACACUACCUAUAUCCUCAUGGGGCGCUGGGCUCUCGGGAGUCUGGCUUGUGACCUUUGGCUUGCACUGGACUAUGUGGCUAGCAAUGCUUCCGUCAUGAAUCUUCUGGUCAUCAGUUUUGACCGUUACUUUUCUAUAACUAGGCCCCUGACAUAUCGGGCCAAGAGGACUCCAAAAAGAGCUGGCAUCAUGAUUGGCUUGGCCUGGUUCAUCUCCUUCAUUCUCUGGGCCCCAGCAAUCCUCUGCUGGCAGUACUUGGUUGGGGAGAGAACAGUCCCACCAGAUGAGUGCCAGAUCCAGUUCCUCUCUGAGCCCACCAUCACCUUUGGCACAGCCAUUGCUGCCUUCUACAUCCCUGUAUCUGUCAUGACAAUCCUAUACUGCCGAAUCUACCGAGAAACAGAGAAGCGUACCAAGGACCUGGCCGAACUCCAGGGCUCUGACUCUGUGGCUGAAGCUGAGAAGAGAAAGCCAGCUCACAAGGCUCUGUUCAGGUCCUGCUUUAGUUGUCCUCACCCAACGCUAGCCCAGAGGACAAGGAGCCAUGCCUCCUGGUCGUCCUCCCACAGGAGCACCUCUACCACUGGAAAGCCAUCCCAAGCCACUGACACUAGCAGUAAGUGGGCCAAAGCUGAACAGCUCACUACCUGUAGCAGCUGCCCCUCUUCAGAGGACGAGGACAAGUCCACCACUGAGCCUGUCUUCCAAGUGGUCUACAAGAGUAAGACCAAGGAAAAUCCAAAGGAAGAAUUCAAUAUUGGAAAGCCCAAAGAAAGUUUUGUGAAAAGCCAAACUGAUAAAAAUGACUAUGACACCCCCAAAUACUUCUUAUCCCCAGCUGCUGCUCAUAAACCCAAGAGUCAGAAGUGUGUAGCCUAUAAGUUCCGACUGGUUGUAAAAGCUGAUGGGACCCAGGAGACCAACAAUGGUUGCCACAAGGUGAAAAUCAUGCCCUGCUCCUUUCCAGUGUCCAAAGAUCCUCUGACAAAAAGCCUAGACCCCAGCCUCAACCAUCAAAUGACAAAACGCAAGAGAAUGGUCCUUGUCAAAGAGAGGAAAGCUGCUCAGACCCUGAGUGCCAUUCUGCUGGCCUUCAUCAUAACAUGGACCCCCUAUAACAUCAUGGUUCUGGUCUCCACCUUCUGUGACAAGUGUGUCCCAGUCACCCUGUGGCACUUGGGCUACUGGUUGUGCUAUGUCAAUAGCACUGUAAAUCCCAUUUGCUAUGCCCUUUGCAACAGAACCUUCAGGAAGACCUUUAAGAUGCUGCUUCUCUGCCGAUGGAAAAAGAAAAAAGUAGAAGAGAAGUUAUACUGGCAGGGGAACAGCAAACUCCCCUGA